AUGGCUUUACAGGACUUUUGCAAUUUCCAAGACAACUUUGAGGACGCAACAACCACAGAAUGUUCUUCAGUGCUUUUUGGAAAGAGGACCUCUCCUACCUCUCUGCGAGAUCUACCCUUCAGCAGCAGCACAAAUCUGUUUAAUUUCUACAUCCCAGUGGCAGAGUACCUAGAUGAAAGUCCGAUACAGUUUGGACAAAUCAGCGCCGUCCAGAGCUCCGGCGCCGUUUCAUCUCUCGACUCCUGCUCGACAUCCCACUCUCUGCCCGUGAGCCUUCCUUUCGCUUCCUCUCAGUCUGUGCCUCUUCCCUUCCCCAUGUCUCACGGCACCACCACCUUGGCUUUCAUGUUCCAAGGCGGCGUGCUGGCAGCGGCCGACACUCGCUCCAGCUGCUCUGGCCUCGUGGCCUGCCCGGCCGCCCGGAAGGUGCUGCCCAUUCACAGCCACUUGGUGGGCACGACCUCAGGCACCUCCGCCGACUGCGCGCUCUGGAAACGGAUCCUGGCUCGAGAACUGCGCCUUUAUCAACUCCGCCACGGCCGGCGUUUGUCCACCAGCGGAGCUGCCAAAUUGCUUUCACACAUGCUUCACCCUUUCAAGGGAACUGAGUUGUGUGUGGCUGCCACGCUGUGUGGGUGGGACGGAGGAGAGGUGGAUGAUGGAUGCCGUGACCGCACAGGUACGGAGACUGAUCGCAGCAGUUCUGGACAAACAAUGGAUCGAACGAUGAAGCAAAAACAGAUUCCAGGUCCCACCGAGGAGCAGAGGUCCGUCACGAGGAGAGCGAGUUUCACUGGACCCAGUCUGGUUUACGUCUGCAGCGAUGGGACCCGCUUGAAGGGAACACUCUUCUCUGUUGGAUCAGGAUCCCCCUACGCCUACUCAAUUCUGGAUCAAGGGGUCCACUGGGGCCUGAGCGUGGACCAGGCCACAUCAUUAGCCAGAGAAGCCGUGUACAGAGCCACGCACAGGGACGCGUACUCAGGAAACUGCGUGGACAUCUAUCAAGUCAACUCAAAGGGAUGGACUCGCAGAACCAGGGAGGAUCUGAAGGAAGAAUAUUACAGAGAAAAAGAAAGGCGGGCGCACGAGAGACGGGAGAGACAGGACAUGACUCUGUCAGAGUAA